AUGUCAACAUUAGACGGCUUCGACCUCGAAUGCACUAUCCACAACCUCCUCAAAGCUUCCGAAAUCAUCGAUUCUUCAUCCGCCCAGUACAAAUCUGAAUCGCAAACAUGGCAAGCGCAUCGAAACCUCCAUCCUAAGUUACUAGCUAGACCGGACUCUUUAGCUAGUCUGUCUCGACUUGUUGCAUAUCUCGCGGAUACCGAUCUUGAUUGGGCUGUUCGAUGUCAAGGUAUUGGUGAUGCCAGUGCGAAAGAUGUGCUGAUCAGUCUUGCUGGAUUCAAAGAGUUCAGCUUCGAUGCUGAAAACGAGAGUAUUAUCGUUGGAGGAGGCAUGACUUGGGGGGAGGUGGAGGAGAAACUGGAGGAGCAGGCACCUGGAUAUCAAGCUGUGAGUGCACGAUGCAGUUUCGUCGGCGUUGGCGGCAUGAUUCUGCAUGGCGGUCUGUCCUGGAUGUCAUCUACCUACGGUCUCGCCUCAGACCCUCAGAACUUUCUCGAUGCGCAGGUCGUCAAACUGGACGGCAGUAUCAUUUGGGCAUCCGAAGAACCAGAUCUACUAUUCGCUCUCCGCGGUGGCGGUCAUGAAUUCGCCAUCGUGACUGCCUUCAAACUCAAAGUUCGCAAGUUCUCACAGAAGAUCUAUAGCGGAAGCAUCAACUACCCGCGAUCUUCGCUGCCAGCAUUGGCAAAAGGCGUUGCUGAGUUUGCGAAGAGAAUGGAUGAGUGGCCUAGUACGGCGAUGUAUCUGUACAAUUUGGACUUGAUGGAAGGAGUAUUCAUCGGUGCGAAAGCUCAACCUGGAUUGGCCAUCUGGCUAUUUGAUACUGAAGGCGAAGAACAUGGAAGAGAGGUAUUUAAAUGGGCCCUGGAGAUCGAAGGAGCUGUUGACUUGACUAAGGUCAUGAAUCUGAGGGAGGUCAAUAUCUAUGGUGACAGUGUAAUAGCAGCAAAAGGAGUCUGCUCAGCUAACAUGUCCAACCCAACAGUCGCAGGAACAGAUAUGACGGCAGACCUCAUUCUUCGCGCUUGGGAUUGGCUAGAAACCACCAUCGCCCUCGAACCCACCAAACUCAACAUUGGCACAUUCGUUCUACUCGAAUUGUUCCAGAAGGCUGUCUUCAAAUCUGCUGAUGGCAGCAACGAAUGUGCCUGGCCGCAUACACAAAAUCAGCAUCUCCUGCAACUUGGAGUUGGCAGACCGGAUGAGGGAGAUUAUCCUACGAGGCUGGAUGAACAGGCGUUGGACAUGCUCAAGAAUGCUGGUCCUAUGAUUGUGGGGGACAGAUUCCCGUCGGCGGACUACUUCAUUAAUUUCUUGCAACCCUGGAAUGACUACAGAGCGGUCUAUGGCGACAACUACGAGAGGUUACAAGCCGUGAAGAAGAGAUAUGAUCCGAGGGGAGUUUUGGUCAGGAAGAACGAAUGA